AUACAUUCACACAAACCUAAGAGAAAUGAAACGAAACAAAAUUAAAUGUAACGAAUAGUCUCAAUUAAACUGGACACCUCCAACCAAACGUAACAUUAUAAGUCAUAGUAUAUAGCCACUUGCGGUUAUAUAUUAUAUAUUAUUGACAUUUGCUAUAUCGUUAUAUAUUAUACUAAAACCUGUAAAAAUAAAAAUAAAGGGCGUGAUUACACGAAAUCUACUAUCGGAGCUGUAUAUUAUUAUUAUAGAUCUUUCAAACGUCGUCAUCCGCCACAAUAAUAAAUGGUAAUAAAUAAUAAUAAAAUGUCGGUUUACUGGCCGAUCACGUUGUUUUGGAAGGCGUUCGGCGUGUUCCCUGCAGCAAGCGUACAGGGUGGCCUCCGGAACAGUAACACGUCACUACCGAUACUGUCCACCGUGCUGCUGUUUGCGUUGAGUUUGUACUCGCUGUUCGCCGCGCCGGUGAUCGUGUGUCAGAUUGGCGAGAAGUGCACCAGCGAGUCGAUCAGGAUCCUGAAACAGAUCUACCCGGGCGUAGUUAACGUGACGUCGAUGCUGUCGAGGAUCGGGCUAUCGUACUCUGUAACGGUGGGAUUCGACAAGUACAUGGAGACGAUGGAGUGCUACGAAACGUACUCACCGACGACGGUGGCCGAGGCCCGCAGGUACCGGAUGUUCACGGCCGUGGCCGUGUACGCGUGCCUGCUGCUGGUCAUACCGGUCAACUUGUUGCGGUUUUGGUUACUGUGGACGGACGCCUUUGACCCUGUGAUGGCGAUCGUCUUCUACGCGUUCGUCUACGUCCAGAACGUGACCAUGUGCUGUUCGGAGACGCAAUUCGCCGAACAGUGUUUCGUGUUGUACUGCAAGCUGAAGAUUGUCAAUGACGAUGUCGCCUCGCUGGGCGGGCCCGAGGGGUUGGCACGUUUUUCCAGACACUUUCGUGCGACCGCUACAGCAACACCCGAUGAGCCCAGCACUGCAGCUUCAUUCGAUCCUGCAGAUGUAGCGGUCGCCGUCUCUGAGAUACAGAACCCAUCGGACAGCGUUGUGGCUGCAGCCGUCUCAGUCGAGACGCUUCGGAUCAGACACUGGCUGCUGCGUGAAUCUAUCGGCUGUCUAAACCACCUGUUCGGCGUACAGCUGGGCAUGUCGGUGUGCGCGCUGUGCGUGAUGUCGUUUUUCGACAUAUAUUACGGGACAUUUCACGUAAUGGGUGAAUACGCCUUGUCUAACCUCAUCAUAUACUCCUGGAUGCUGCACUAUGCAGUUCGAUAUGCGGGCAUCAUCUUGAUGUCACAUUACACCACUAAGCAGGCUCUUUAUACAAAAACACUUAUAGCAAAUUUAAAAAGUAAUUGCUUGGAUAGUAGUAUAAAUCAAGAGCUUCAUUUGUUUUUGGACCAACUUUCUUAUAGUUCAGUCGAAUUCACAGCAUGUGAUAUAUUUACAUUAAAUAUUCGUCUCAUUAUUUCAACUUUUGCUGCGGGUUUGACUUAUCUUGUCAUCUUGAUACAAUACCAGACAAACAUGAAAGUAUGAGAAGUUCCACAUACAGAUUAAAACUAGCAACUUGGUCUGAAAUAUUAAGUUAUUUUAAAGUUUUGUAAAUUUAGGUUUAUGAUAUAUU